UACAACUGAAGAAGGCGAGAAGACCAGAGACGGACCGUCUCGUUAUGUAUCCAUGAGACGCACAGACAGCAGACCGACACACACCCACGUUGCCGCCGUUCAUCAGUCCUUCGCUGCGGGGAUCGGAUCGUGCUGCCGCCUCUGGACCUUCGGUGACUUGGUGAAGUUAGACCCUGAGGGCGAGUGCUGCCUCUCUCUCGCACUUUAUCCCGUCUGUUGACAGUUUGGUCAUGGCGUCCUCCUUGAUCAGCCGCCACUUUGCUCUCUCCCUGCAGAAAAACUUAUGGCUCAGUGCUCCAGGCUGCAGACAUGUCAGUAAGGCGGCACCACAGGCCCAGGUGGAGUUUGACUUCAAUGGCCCCUCCAUGAAGACUGCAGUUCCUGGGCCACGAUCACAAGAGCUGACAAAACAGCUGGGAGAGAUCCAGAAUGUUGGUGCUAUCAACUUCUUCUGUAACUACGAGGAGAGCCGGGGGAACUACCUGGUGGAUGUGGACGGCAACCGCAUGCUAGACAUCUACACUCAGAUCUCCUCCAUCCCUAUUGGAUACAACCACCCGGCGCUGCUCAAACUCCUGUCCAAUCCCAACAAUCUGAGUACGCUCGUAAACCGACCAGCCCUGGGAAUCCUGCCGCCGGAGAACUUCCCCGACAAACUCACUGAAAGUCUUCUCUCAAUGUCUCCCAGUGGAAUGACCCGUGUUCAGACGAUGGCCUGCGGAUCGUGCUCCAAUGAGAAUGCUUUCAAAGCCAUGUUUAUCUGGUACAGGAACAAGGAGCGGGGCCACAACACACCGUCUGAGGAAGACCUCAGCUCCUGCAUGGUCAACCAGGCCCCAGGUUGUCCAGAACUCAGUAUCUUAUCUUUCAUGGGAGCUUUCCAUGGAAGAACCAUGGGUUGCUUGGCAACAACACACUCCAAAGCAAUCCACAAGCUGGAUGUGCCGUCAUUUGAUUGGCCGAUCGCUCCGUUUCCCCGACUGCAGUACCCGCUGGAGGAAUUCAGCAGAGAGAAUGCACAGGAAGAGGCUCGCUGUCUGGAGGAGGUGGAAGAUCUGAUCGUGAAAUGGAGGCAGAAGGGGAAGCCGGUGGCCGGGAUUGUAAUUGAACCAAUCCAGGCUGAAGGUGGAGAUAACCACGCCUCCCCAGACUUCUUCAAAAGCCUCCGCAACAUUGCACGCAAGCAUGGAUGUGCUUUUCACGUGGAUGAAGUCCAGACUGGUGGAGGGGCCACAGGAAAGAUGUGGGCCCAUGAGCACUGGGGCAUGGACGAUCCUGCUGACAUUGUCUCCUUCAGCAAGAAGCUUCUGACCGGUGGCUACUACCACAGGGACGAAUUACAGGCUGAUAAGCCGUACCGUAUUUUUAACACAUGGAUGGGUGACCCAUCAAAGAACCUGAUCCUGGCCGAGGUUCUUAAUGUGAUUCGCAGAGAAAACCUUCUGGAGGAAGUGACCCGUUCUGGAAAAGCCUUGCUAAACGGCCUUUAUGACCUACAGGCUCAGUACCCCGGCAUGUUGAGCCGAGCUCGAGGACAGGGGACCUUCUGUGCCAUUGAUAUCUGCGAUGACGCAACGCGCAACAGCAUCCUGCUCAAGGCUAGAGACAAAGGUAUCCUCCUGGGAGGGUGUGGGGAUCGAUCCAUCCGUUUCCGUCCAGCGCUGGUUUUCAAGGAGUACCACGUUCACAUCUUUCUCAACAUUUUCAAUGACGUGUUGGCCCAGCACAAGUAAAUCCUGACUGACACUGCACUGUCUGAGUUCAUCCAGAAUGGAGGAAAACUCCAGACAGUCCAUGUCAUGAUAAGCACAAUCUACACAACAACUCCCACAGAUAUAUAAUAUAUAAUAAUAUAUAGCCUCUGUUUCAUAUCCAAUAUGCCAAUCUUCAUCUCCUUAGCCAGGAAUGAUAAUGAUAUCCUCUUACUUGCGCUGCCAUAAAGAUGUAUCCAGAAAAGCAGUCAGAACAGAUGCCUGUGGCUACUGUUGCAGUAAGUGAGAAUGUCAUGCUUCUGUAAAAUAAAUCUAUGGGAAUGCCCACAAACUCCAGAAUCUUUCUCAUCUGGAUUCAGGUUCUUAUGUGUAGACUGACUAGACUCUGGGUGAAGACAUGCCAGAUUGAACAUCAUGUCAGCAAAUCGGGAACCUUCUGUUUCACACCCUUUACAGAUUCAGAGGUCUGGAGCCAGGCUAAACAUGUGGCUCUGUUCCAGGUAGCACAGCAUUCAUUAAAUGUAAAUAAGAAGUUGAAGGUCCCAACUCCUAAUAAACCUCACCUAAUGGCUCCCAACAGCUUGCGUACAGCUUCUUUUAGUGCUCAUAUGCUGGCGUUAUUGCCUGACUCCCGGUGACUGACUCUAGUUAGCCUGGAUGUUUGUUUUAUGAAAACAGAGACUGAACUGUGUCAGUGAUGACUCUAUGUAGGAUGCCACUCUGCAUGUCAUUUAAUGCCGUCCAUUAGAAAUGUCCUUGUUAUGAUUAUGUGUGUUCUUAAUAGGAAUGACUUCUCAACUUGAAAUGUUGUAGCCCAGAAAAAAAAAUGUGAAUCUUAAAUGGACCAUGAAAAUGUUAUAGAUUGUUUAGUGCCUGCAUGUCACCUAAAUGUGCUAUUUUUUUAAUUACAUUUUUUUCAGUGGCUUAAGUAGGAGCAGCCAUUGGUAACCUUAAUUGAACUAACGGAACGUUUUUUUUUUUUAACAAAAGCUUCACAUGUUGCCACAUUUUAUUUCUGAAAACACAUUUACUUUUAAUUUUCGUGUUACACUUGGUUAUGAUUUCACAUUUAACACUGACAGACAGCGUCAGUAAAUCAAGCGUAUGGUGAAAAGGAUCAUUUUCAUCAAGCUGUUCCUGAGAUGAUGAUUCUGACAAAUAUUAUGGAAGCAGUUAGCCUGCGAGCAGUCAGUCUAAAUGUAGUCUACGGAACAAUGUUAAUGCUUUUGACAAAAAUAAAAAAAUAAGCAUCAUGAAGUGACACAAAGAUGAGAUUUAUUCUGCAUGGCUCGUUAGCAAACUGUCUGGAAGUUAGAAACACACGAGCUCUUAAAGGUGCAGUAGGUAAGACUUAUAAAACUAACUUUCUGUCAUAUUUGCUGAAACUGACCCUAUGUUCCAGUAGAACUACAUGAAAAUCCAGCUCAUCUGGCACCACCUCCAGCCUGUAGUGCGAUUUGCAAAAAUCCACCGCUCCCUGUUCAGAUGCACCAAUCAGGGCCAGGGGGGGUGGUGUCUAACUGUGUUUCAAUCACUGCUCAUGCACACACAUUCAUUCUCCCUUGUUGGGGGAGGGGCUUAGGACACCGUUUAGGGCUUUAGCAGAAAGGGGGUGGGACUGAGAAGUUUUUGGCUAAGUCCUGGAUCUUCCCAAUCCUACCUACAGCACCUUUAAGUAAUACCAAGAUGGAAGAAUAUUGUCUUAAAUAAAACUUUACAGCACACAUUUUA